AGCUUAUUCACAUGCGGUACCUUUUAAAUGAAAGGGGAAUUAUAGAUGUGUAUGUUGAGCAUGUCUGUGAUGAGCCAGAUAUUUUAGAUUUGCUUGAAGGUGGCACUGUUAUGCAAGAACCAGUUGAUGAAGGUACAAUGGACAUUGGGGAAGGAUGUGUGACACAAAAUUCACAACCAGCCCCAAAUUUUCAUGAAGCUCCAGAAACAGCAGCUGAAGGUAAUGCUGAUGAAACAAAUGCACUGCAUGGAGGUGGUGCAGCCCAACAAGAAGAUCUACAGAACAAUGAUCAUGAUGAUGAGGAGUUGCUUGAUAUUGUGCAUAAUGAUGCAGAUGAUGAGGAUAGUGGGGAAGGCUGUGUGACACAAAAUUCACAACCAGUCCUAAAUUUUCAUGAAGCUCCAGAAACAGCAGCUGAAGGUGAUGCUGAUGAAACAGAUGCACUGCAUGGAGGUGAUGCAGCCCAACAAGAAGAUCAUGAUGAUGAGGAUUUGCUUGAUAUUGUGCCUAGUGAUGCAGAUGAUGAGGAGGUGCUUGAAUCUAUUCGCAAUAAAAAGAAACAUAAAGCCAAUGCAAGUGCAAGAAAAAAUGCAGAUGGUGCUAGCCCAAGCGGCACAGUCCAUGACUCCCUUACCACAGUUAAUGAAGAGGGUGAAAGGGUUCCUAUAGGAACUGAUGACCAUGGAGAUUGGGGUUCUGAUUCUAGCUUUGAAAAUAGUGAAGAUGAAUUUGAGGUUUCUAGUGAUGAUUCAAGUGAGUACAAUGUUACAGAUGAACAUGAACUUGUAGAAGAAGAAGAAGAUGUAAGGAGUACUAGAAGUAGUGAUUUAUGGUUUAAUCCUUCAUGGACUACUGUUUGGUUUGAGGUAGGGAUGAGGUUUGAGCAUGUAGCACAGUUUAAGGAGGCUAUAGCUAAAUACCAAAUUCAAAAAGGCUGUAAGUUGAAACCUGUUAAAAGUGACCCCACCAGGCAGAGAAUUCAUUGUGUUGGUCAACAGUGCAAUUGGAGUAUCUUUGCUAGUUUUGAUAAAAAUGACAAGACUUUUAAGGUGAAGACAUAUUGCAGGGAACAGACUUGCUUUAGGAGUUUGAAGUCCAAUAUGGUUGGGUCGAGGGUACUUUCAGAACACCAUAGGAACAGAAUUAUAGCAAAUCCGCAGAUCAGAAUUAGUGAGCUAGUGAGAUUGUCUCAUUUAAAAUUAGGGGUUCAUGUUUCAAGGGAUACGUGUAAACUAGCAAAGGAAAAGAUUAUGAAGAAGGUGAAGGAAACUCACACGAAGGAAUUUGCUCAGUUAAGAGGGUAUGCAGAAGGGCUGUUGAGAUUGUCCCCUCAGUCAAAUGUUCAAAUUGACAGUGAGCCACCCACGACUCCAGUGGGAAAACCUAUGUUUAAAGGAAUCUAUGUGUGUCUAGAAGGAUGUAGGAAGGGUUUUCUACUGGGCUGUAGACCAGUAAUUGGAAUAGCUGCUUGUUUCCUCAAGGGGAUGUUCAAAGGAACUAUUUUGGCAACUGUUGCAAGGGAUGGGAACAAUCAAAUGUUCCCAAUAGCUUGGGCUGUUGUUGACUCAGAGUCUACCAGCUCAUGGACAUUUUUUUUUUUUUAGAUGUCUAGCUGAUGACCUAUCAAAUCACACUGGGCGAGAUUUAACGUUCAUUUCGGACCAACAUCCUAUAAGUGUGUACAAUUUAUUAUGAAUUAAUUUAUAUUAUCAAU